AUAGUGUGAGCAAGCAUAUAAUUUUGAUGAAGGAUAUGAUGUGAGAAUGGUGAUAGAGAUGACGAUGGCAAAUAGCAAUAAACAGACCACAAUAAAGUUAGUAACAACAACAACAACAACAACAACAACAACAACAACAACAACAAUAAUAAUAAUAAUAAUAAUGUCUUAAACAUGAAUCACCAACCAUGUUCAGUUGAAGUUGGUGGAUAUUGCUGCUGUAUAUAUAGAUUGAGAGUGUACUGUUGCCAAAAAGAUAUCUGUCGCAGCAGCUGGCGAGGUAUCAAAGAAUCGGAUAGAUUGUUCUGCGACGUGUCGGUUGUGGAGCAGUGGAAAGCGCAGGUGAUUCUGAGCACAUCGACAUAUUACAAGCAGAGAACAAUAGCGGCAAAACAACAAGCAUCAACGGCAGCAUUGGCCAGACGCGAAACGCAGCAGAGGCAGCAGAGGCAGCAGAAUUGGCAGCGUCCAGAAGGGAGCAGUGGUGUGCUGCAGUUCCUGCAGGUAGUGCGUAUGCACACAGGCCAGAUCGCAUCGGCAGGCACACGCGACUGUCGUGUGCCAGAUGCGGCGUGCGUAUGCACCUGCUCAUUGGUUUGGUUUGGUUUGGUUUGUGUUUUGUGUUUUGUGUUUUGUGACUGUGUUUUUUGGUGUUUCCACGUCUCUUGUAAACACUUUUCACCAGAAAUCGUGAUGAUGGUGUAGCUCAACCGUCAUUGUAAUAAAUAUAAUAAUCCUACAGAUAACCAGGAGAGCCUAUUUAGAAUAUCACACCCAGAUCUGUGCUCCACAUUAGAAUGCCAUGCUGAUUAUACCAAUCUAUCUUGUUUUUCUGUUAUCAUUUUAUUUGAAAUAAUAAUGAACUUAAAGAUUAUAGCAAUUUUUGAUAUUCAAAGUUUUAUUUAUAAUUAUAAAAGAAAAUAUUUCUUUUAUAAAAUAUAGCAUUAAAC